GCUAAGUAGCUGUCAAAUUAUAUGUCACAUUGAUUUGAGCAGCUCCUAUAAUUGAGUGUAGUCGCAAAGUCAAAAUUACAUAAAACUCUUUUCAAGAAGUUUUCGAAUGAUUAUGAUUGAUAUCGUCAUUGAUGGAACAGGAAGGGCCAUUUAGCGAGAAUAGCAAGUAUAAAAAAAGGGGAAAAGUUUAAUGCCUUACAAGCAAACAGUGAACAGUGAAUAAAAUUAUACGGUCAAAAGCUGAACUGAUACAAAUCUUAAAAUCAACAAUCAAGUGAAGGUCAUAGCAGGCCCUUAAUGAAAAUACUUAGUUAAUCUGAAAUUCGCAAACACGCCUCGAGUAGUUACAAACCAUGAUGUCAUGACGUGAGCGUGAGAGGAGCGGAGCGUCUCUUUAAGUUUUUGACUAUUGGCAACAUUUAAAAAAUGAGACUCCUUUUCCGUUACAGAUUUGUAACUACAAUUUGCAUUUGAAACGAUUUAAAAUAUUAAAUACUGACAGUUAGCAGAAUUAUAGAUUUUUUUAUGUUAUUAUAUGUAAAUUUUGUUUUUACUUUUUUAAUUAACAACAAAAAAGGUUAUACGUCAUAUUGUUUUGACGCUACUUAGUUAAUGUUGCCAAACUAAAAGUUGUUUUAUAGAUGAACCCGCGAAAUUAGAAAUAUUGUAAUGUACCGAUUUUUUUCAGUAUUCAUUGUAUGUAAAAUAUGGAAGAAAAAAAGAAACGAGGUUCUAAUUACACAGCUGAGGAACGAGAUAUUGUUUUGGAGUUAGUAAAAAAGUAUUACACAAUUAUAGAAAACAAGGAGACAAACGCCCAUAUGAUUUCAAAGAAACGAGAAGCUUGGGAAUCUGUGUGUCAACAAUAUAAUGCUGUUGCUGUUAGUGGCCCCAGAACAUGGCAUCAACUUCGCCACCUCUACGAAAACCUCAAACAGAGAUCAAAGAGAAACAUUGCUAAAGAGAAUCGGCUUCAAUUCCUGGCAAAAAUCAAAGAAGUUCAAAGAAAGGCAGCAAUGGAGAAGAAAGAACACAAUAGCACAGACAGUGAACCAGAUGAAAGACCUCUUGCUGAACAAGAAAAUCCGAUUUUGGCAAUGAUUACACCGGUAAUCCAACCCUUGGCAAAUCCAUAUGAUAACUCAUUUUACUAUGGUAAUAGAGAACAUUAUAUAAAUGCAAGUCAAAAAAAUGGUGAUGCCCAAGUAAAAACAAUAAUUACUAACACUGAAAAUGCUACUGUGGAUGACAAAACUAACAUAAACCAAUUAAGUGUGAACAGUAGUAACUCUUGCUCAGUUUCAUCAGAUUGCAUUAAUGACUUACGUGAGCCUAUAGUGGUAAUAGAAGAACCAGAAACUAUAAAAGAUGUUGGCCUAAACCUGAAAAGAAGAAAACCUCAAGUAUUGAACUUCAAGUUAAAUGGAAAAGUUAAACACAACACUAUCUAUCAGCAAUAUCUUAUGACAAAAUUAAAAAAUGCCAAGUUAGAGACGAAGUAUCUUAUAAAUAGAAACAAAAUGGAAUUAAACAAGUAUAAGUUAGAAGUGCAAAUUUUAAAAUUACAAAUAAACAAAUUAAAGUCUGUAAAACAACAUAUCGUAAAUCAACGAUGAUUAAUACUUAUUUUAUAAGAUUAAAUUAAUAAUAGCAAUCAUAAAUCAAUUGUUUUUUUUUUUUUUUUUUCUGGCUCUUCACUGUUAGUGUUGGCCAAUGACAACAUUUACAAAAGGUAGGGAAACUAAGGAAUAUAUAAAAGCACGAUAAAUUUGGAGCGACAAAUUGAAAAAUUUAAUUACAAUUUUAUGGUAUUCGAAGAAAUGAAUGACGCUAUACAUUUAUAUACAUGAAAGUUAUUAGAAUGAAGUAAGGACAGGAUGGAAGAAGGAAGAGGAAUAUUAAUGGAUACUAAGCUAUUUACAAAGGAACUAUGGUCAUAGAGAGGACAGGAGAAGAAUAUAUGGUUAAGAUCACCCACAUCUUUGCCACACCCGCAAGUCGGGUCGGACAUAAUUUUUAAUCUGACCAGAUGGAUGGGACAGCUGCAAUGUCCCAGGCGCAUCCGGACUAAUGUCGAUGUCUCCAUCUUGCCAAACUUGGCUCUAAAAAGCCAUGGUUUUAGUGUGACAUUGGAUUGGACUGAUGCGUACCAUUUUCCCUUAAGUUUGCUACUGGAGUCCCACUCAGCUUUCCAUGAUUUUAAUAGAAAGGCCUUCGGUAAAGACAGAAGGUCUUGGCAAAAGUUUUUGUAAGGAAACAAGUCACCACAUUGCACCGCAUCAGCUGCCAAUUUGUCAGCAAAUUCGUUGCCUCGAAUUCCAGAGUGGGCUGGGAUCCAAGCGAAUUGCAGAUUAUAAUUGUUAGCGUUAAGUUUAUAUGUCAGCUCAUUAAUUUGAAAAAUGAUUGGAAGUUGAAUUUUGUGUUGAAAUGGAAAUUUUUGAAUAGCUUGAAGAGCGCUCAGAGAGUCUGUAAAGAUUAUAGAAUUUUUUAGUUUAAAUAUUUUUAUAUAUUCAAGUGCUUUGAAAAUUCCAAAGCAUUCCCCCGUGAAAACCGAAGUCUCUGGGGGAAGCCUAAUUUUCUGCACUACAUUGUAUUGUGAGUGGUAUACCCCUACACCAACGCAGUCGGUUGAAGAGGGCUUAGCUGCAUCAGAGAAUAAGUGGUGAAAAUUAUGAAAUUGUUCUGCGAGCAACUUAUUAAAUUUCGACUGGGGACAGGGAUCAGAUUUACUAAUUAAGUCGUGUACUACAUAAGGUGAGAAGUGUAGGCUAUCAUAGCUAACACUAAAUAACGGGAGUUUGUUAGACCGAUGUGUAGGGGAACUAAGGGAUAAGAAUUUCUGAUAACUAAUGACCAAACAGGGAACAGUUUUAUGAGACCAGUAGCUGGAUGAUUGGACUUGAGACAUUAAAAGGUGUAGUUUAGGAAUAAGGGGAUGAGCAGAGAACUGAAGGAUCCUGAAGAAAAAAUUAUCUGACAGAAAUUGUCUCCUAAGGUGUAACGGAGUUUCACCACACUCCACUUGAAGGGCAUUUAUCGGACUAGAUUUCAUGGCACCAGAAAUAAUCCGGAGGGCCUUAGAUUGAAUUAAGUCUAAUUUUUUGAAAGCCAUAAUACUUCCAGGUACAAGGGUAAACAAACCAUAAUCUAAAACACUUCUAAUUAUUGCGUUAUAAAUUAACUUUAAUGAGAAAGGAUGAGCGCCCCACCAAACUCCGGAUAAGCACCUAAGCAUAUUUAAAUGUUUUUCACAUUUAUUAAUAAUAUGUUCGCAAUGUUGAACACCACUAAGCUUAUAGUCUAAAAUGACGCCCAGAUAUUUAAAAUAGUCUUUGAAAGGAAUAGGAUUUCCGUUAUAGGAAAUGGUACAUUGAGGAAUAUUUCUUUUACGUGUAAAAAUAACACUUGCGCUUUUAGAAGUAGACAAUUCCAAACCGUUCAACUGUAACCAUGAGGAUAAUGAUGUCAAAGCCGAAGUAAUAUCCGAACAGGCUUUUUCCACGGAAUGACUUGAACUAUAAAAUAAUAAAUCAUCGGCAUACUGCAGUACUUUGACUCCGUUGUUUACGGAUUUAUCCAGGUCAUAUGUAUAAAUAUUAUAUAAAAGGGGACUUAAUACAGAUCCCUGAGGAAGGCCUCUCCAAACCUUACGGGAUAAUUUAUGAUCAGCUUAAGGCAUAUCUAUGGAACGAUCAGAUAAAAUGUUAAUAAUAAAAUUACAAAGAUUCAAUGGUACUCGAAGCUCACUUAGUUUAGUAUGUAAUACGGAUACUAGGACAUUAUCAUAGGCUGCAUUUAUAUCUAAGAAAACAGCUGCUGUAGACUGGUUAUUAGAAAAAGAUAAACGGAUAUCAGUUGUUAAAAUACUUAAACAGUCCAUAGUACUUUUACCUUUUCUAAAACCAUAUUGUGAAGAGGAUAGAAGGCCUUCACUUUCGAUGUACCAUUCUAGACGAUUUUUAAUUAGAUUUUCAGCUAAUUUGAUUAAUACUGAGGACAGUACUAUUGGGCGGUACGAGGAAAUAUCAGAAGGCGCUUUGUUUGGUUCUAAGAAUGGCAACACCAUUUGACGUUUCCAUUCUUCAGGGAUGUUUCCUGUUGUCAUUACGGUAUUAAUCAACUCCAAAUAGUAACUAAGAAUAUUAUCACUCAGAUGUACGAAAAAUGAGUAUGGAAUGCCAUCUAGACCAGGAGCGGAAUCUACAGUAUUUUGCACAAUCCCCUUUAAUUCACUUAGGGAGAACGGGAGGUGUAAUGUAUUAGUUGUAGACUGUUUCGAACUAUCGGCAUUAGUUCCGCACGGUGCACAACAAAUGUUCUGAGGAACCCAUGGUGGAGCCAAAUGGUCCAGGAAGUCAGAGGCUAAAGAAUCAGGAAUAGCAGGCGUCGGCUGUGUAAAAACGGACCUGAAUUUACGAAUAUUUUGCCAAACUAUAGUAGGGUGGGUAUUUGGGGAAAUUGUUGAGCAGAAACUCUGCCAACCUGUAUAUUUUUUUUUCUUUAAAAGUUGUCUGGUGUCUGUAAUAACAUUAGUCAGUGCCUCAAAGUUAAUAUCAGACAUAUCACGAUUAUAAUUAAGUUCAGCUUGUUUACGUUUUUUAACAGCCUCUGUACACUCUGAGUCCCACCACGGGGGUUUAGGAAUUAAAGUAACAUUUUCACUUUUAGUACGGAAAGUUUCAUUAGCUGCAGUUAUUAUUAACCUAACUAAAGCAUUAGCACAUGCAUUUUCAUUGCCAUCUGAAAUAGGCGAGAGAGUAGACAACUUUGUGUCAGCACUACUUCUAUACUUUUCCCAAUGAAUGCUAUUCCUAUCAGGCAGUUUAUGUUUCAGGUUUGAUUGUCUCUUUGAAAUAGUUGGCAUAGAGAAUGGGCUGGAAAUAACUAUUGGGAAAUGGUCACUGCCAUAUGUAGAAGAAAGGGUAUUCCAGGUUAGUGAAGAAGCUAGAUUAGGAGAACAAAUGGAUAGAUCCACAGCACUGUUAUUCUGAUUAGGGGCUGACCGCCGAGUGGCGAUACCUGUAUUUAAUAUGCAUAGAUUAUGUUGGUCUAUUAUGUCAAGUAAGUCCUGCCCAUAGUUGCUUGAAAUUGAGCAGCCCCAACAUUGGUGGUGGCAAUUUAAAUCUCCCAUUAUAAUUAAAGGUCUUGGAAGAAUAGAGAAGAGAUGGUUGAUCUCAAGAAGUAAAGAAGAAGAAGGGUGAGGAACAUAAAUAGAGACAAGGCAAAGAUUGUAUACUUUAAUAGCAACAAUUGAAAUGUCCUCACUAUGUGGUGGGAAGGAAAUGAUAGAAAAGGGGAUAGAAUUCUUGAUAAGUAUGGCUACUCCACCAUACCCAUCAAGUCUAUCAUCUCUAAUAAUUAAAUAGUUAUUAAUUUUAAAAACAUUAUGUGGCUUCAGCCAAGUUUCUGCUAAAGCAAAAACUGAAGGCUUAUAUCUAUUAAGUAAAUAAAUUAUGUCACUUUUUUUGCUCAAUAGGCUGCGACAAUUCCACUGUAUUAUGCAGUCCAUGAUUGGUGGGAAGAGUAAAAGUAUUAAGAAAAGAGGCAGCGUUGGACGGUGAAAUAUUAAAUUGAGAAAGGAGUUGUAAGAAAGCUGUAAUGAAAUCAUUUAUAGACAUGUUA